AUGUGGAUAUUUCUUGUGUUGAUGACGAUUGCUAAUCUCGGAGGUACGAAGCGUGUAAGGAAAGAACCUCGACAAAUUUCGGUUGUGUCAACUGGUGAAGAAAGUGGAAGUGAAUUGGAUCCAAAGUUGUGCAUGCUUCGUACAUGUAAACGUGUUAUGACAUCCGUUGCAUCAAUAGGAGCAACUGUUGCGAGAGAAAAUACUCAAUCAACUUCAUUUCAGCCUGCCCAAGAAGAAAGUGUCUCUAGAACAACUUCUAAAACAACUGAACGUCCUCUUUCUCAAAAUAUGGAUUCUUUUCCAAACUCAGGUGAUACAGCAACAAGACAAAGUGGUUCCGCCGAAGAUACUCAACGAUCUUCAAUACCGUUAGUUGGUGAAGGAAAUGUCUCUAACACGACUGAUAACAUGGAAUCCCAAACUGAGCACUCUCAUGCUCCAAUAUAUUUUGCAACGGAGGAUGGAAUUGUGAUGCGAAAGUUUUGUGCAAUGGAAUUCCAUACAUGGGAGAAAGUACCGAAAGAAAAUAAAGAAGAAAUGAUCGAUAGAUUACGUAAGUAUGUUGAUCAAAUGAAAAAUAAUCGAGAAAAACUAGUGAUUUCAAGUAGAGGAGGUUCUCGAUCAAUAGCAAAUCACAAAUUUAGCAUGAAAAACAAAGAGACUCAAUUGCCCCCCACCCCAAUCAAAUUAUAUCAUAAGUUGCAUUUUCAUCCUACAAAGGAAUGGCUAAAUGAUGAGACACGCAUUCAAUAUGAAAAUAUUCUCCAAAUGAAAGAGGAUGAAUGUACCAAAUUAGUUUCUGCGGGAGCUUCAAGUGGACCUAUUAUGAGGAAAAAAGAUCUACAUAUCUUAUCAGCAGCGGAACCGUCUCAAUCAGCCUCAACGGAUGAAAUGGCUUUGAAAAAUAAAGUUACUGCACUCGAGGAAGAGAUUCGAGAAAACAAAGAAAAAGUGAAACAAAGUGAGGAGAAAUGUGAAAAGAUGCUUCAAUUUAUGAUCUCGAAGUUCCCAGAUUCUCAAAACAUAUUAUGCCCGCCUGAUAAAGAAGGAUUUCGUGCAUAUGAUGACAUGACAAACACAUCUGAUGAAGAGUAA